AUGCAGACAAUCAAGUGCGUAGUAGUAGGAGACGGUGCGGUCGGCAAGACUUGUCUGUUGAUCUCAUAUACUACGAACAAGUUCCCCAGUGAAUAUGUUCCUACCGUCUUCGAUAAUUAUGCGGUAACGGUUAUGAUCGGUGACGACCCGUACACUCUGGGACUGUUCGAUACUGCUGGUCAGGAGGAUUACGAUCGCCUGCGCCCACUAUCAUACCCACAGACGGACGUGUUCCUCGUCUGCUUCAGUGUCACCUCACCAGCUUCCUUCGAGAACGUAAAGGAAAAGUGGUUCCCAGAGGUGCACCACCACUGCCCGGGUGUGCCGUGUCUUAUCGUGGGGACACAGAUCGAUCUGCGGGAGGAUCCUCAGGUACUGGAGAAGCUGCAAAGACAGAAGCAGAGGCCGGUGACGAGCGAGCAGGGCGAGCGGCUUGCUCGGGAGCUCGGCGCCGUCAAGUACGUGGAGUGUUCGGCGUUGACGCAGAAGGGGCUGAAGAACGUCUUCGACGAGGCGAUUGUCGCAGCCCUGGAGCCCCCUGUCGUCAAGAGGAGACCAAAAUGCGUCAUCCUCUAA